AUGCGUGAAUUCGAUGUCAAUUCGAUGGCCACGUUUCAGAUCUUGUCCGAUCUACAUCUAGAGAAUCCGUCUGCCUAUGAUACGUUUGAGAUCUCCCCAACAGCACCCUAUCUGGCUCUGUUGGGUGACAUAGGAGUGGUCAAAGACGAUGGCUUCUUUCCAUUCCUUGAAACACAACUACGCCAGUUUAAGGUCGUUUUCUUUUUGUUGGGAAAUCAUGAGCCAUACUAUUCGGCUUGGGAUAAAGCACGAUGGAAACUAGAACAAUUCUCCCACUCGAUCAAGCAACGCUCAGAGACAGAAGAAGUAGGAGAUUUUGUAUUUCUCAAUCAGACUCGAUUUGAGCUCUCGCCAGAAAUAACUGUCCUGGGCUGCACCCUUUAUUCAAGAGUGAACGAAGCCCAGAGGGAGCAUGUGAGCUUCGGUCUCAAUGAUUUUUAUCACAUAAACGACUGGACAGUGGAAGACCAUACAGCUGCCCAUGAAGCAGACCUGAAAUGGCUUAACGAACAAGUUUCCCAUGUUGCUGCGAAUGAGCCUCGGCGCAUGAUUGUCAUUUUUACACACCACAGCCCAAUUACCUUGGAUCUCCGCGCAGUUGAUCCAAGGCAUGGGGAUAGUCCGUUGUCGUCGGGCUUUGCCACAGAUCUAUCCAUGGAAAUCUGCUGGACAAGUCCGCUGGUACGAUUGUGGGCUUUUGGACAUACACAUUAUAAUGUUCAUUUGGAAGAUAGUACCGGGAAAAUAGUUGUGAGCAAUCAGAGGGGAUAUUAUUUUUCGCAGGCAGCGGCUUUUAACGAUCGACUUGCGGUUUCUGUCUGA